AUGGCCGAUGACCGGCACUUCUUGCCCUCCAUCUUGUUCGUUCAUUGGACAAGCAAGGACCGCUCGUCGCUGCCGUCGGAUCUGGCUGAGAUGAUGACCAAAGCCAAGUCUGAUAAGACCAUAGGGGCGUUCGCUGUGCUCCCGGUCUGCGCCGCGUCCGGCGACAUGGACGCGAAGUUUUCCAACGUCGCAUCCGGGCUCACCUUUGACCUGGAGGGCAAGUAUGUCCGCCGAUGGUCGUUCUUCGACGUCUUUGAGACGCUCGAGCCGCGCAUCAACGACUUCUUCAAGGAGCGCUUGGAAAGAUGUGUAGUCUAUGGUCGUUUCGACUGGGUGGUCUUCGGGCAGCUAGUGAAGUCGGUAGUCCAGAUGCUGAACGACGCCAUGCGGAUAUCCCUGGGCCUGCUUGGCGUGCAGAACGUGGAGCCGCUGCCCGCCUUUGACAAGGAAAUCACUAACGACGAUUCUGCCUACGAGCUUGCACUCGACUGGCUCGCUGAAGUUCACCCUGCGGACCUUGCCGACCAAAUUGGCGCGGAGAUCAUCAGCCAGCGCGACAUGGAGCGCGAAUUCCCCGCCGAGAACUUCCUCGACAACAUCCUCGACCUUGCGCGACGCUUCGCAGAGGAGCAGCUUGGGGAUGCCGACGCUCAGUAUCAUGUCAUGGUGGAGGACCAUCGGGAGGCCAUGGACAGGUUCCGUGAUGCGACAAUCGAGCAGGUGGCUACGCUCGAGCAUGCGUUGACUUUGCGGACGAGGCGGUCACCAGCAAAGAGGCGUGAGGCGUCUGAGGGGACGGAGAUCAGCACGAUGCCCAAGCGCCGUCGCAUGUCCUCCGGGUUGGCGUCCAGCGUGGUAGACGGCACAAACGCGAUCACGCCGUCGACAAGCAUGAGCAGCACGUCGCCUGAGACGCCGUCGUCCUCCUCGCCCCAGGUCACCGCGGCUAUGCUUCGCGAGCUGACGAGAAACGUGAAGCAGAAGUUCUUGACUCGUUAA